UUUGACACUUUUUUUCCCACUAUCCUCUCACCUUUAUCUUCAACACUCCCCCGCCUCUCUCGGCUUUUAUUCUUUCUAUGCUUUGCUAUGUCUUUAAAGCACUUCCUCUGCAUGAAUCACACUGAAAUUUCAAUACACUCUCCUAAUGGCUAAGGAAACUUCUCUGUGCUUCUUGUUUCUCUCAUUUUUCAUUACCUCAUCGUGUUCUGGAGAUUUAGUGGGAUUUUCAAUCAACGUGCCACAAUCGCGUAAUCGAAUCUUAGUCACAGAUCGUAGGAUCUUGAACUCUCCAACAAUCUCCGAUUUCUCGAUUGAUUUCUACCUCAAUAAAAGCCUAACUCAAAACUUCAUCACUUCAAAACCCUGUUCACUAGUUCCAUGGCUAAAUUCCCACGUACUGAACUUACUUCCAAAACAAAACAUCAAAAGCAUCAGUUUUUCUUGUGGAAGUGAGUGCUUCACCAAGAAUCAGAUACCUUCACUGGUAUCUUCUCUUAGAUCAGUUCAUUCAGUUCUAACUAACAAAGUAAAACUCUCUGUAGCGUUUCCUUUGUCAUUGUUAGAAAAUUUGAAGAGCGCAUCGCAUGAGAGAGAUCUAAGUAGCAUCCUUUCAUUUAUAAAAGAAACAAAAUCUUAUGUGAUGAUAGAGGACAACAUGAACAAAUAUUUGGAUGUUAAGUUUAUUCUAGAACGUGCCACGACUGCUGCUUCUACUCUUGGUUGGGAAGACGUUCCUCUGAUUCUAUCAAUCAAGAGUAAAGUAAUCCCGAUUUCGGCGAAACUAUCAAUGUCAAAGCACAUGGAAUCAAGAAGCAACAAGAUGAUGGAAAGAAUAGUUGCAUUGUAUGCACAAGAAGUAGACACAACAGAGGAGGAGGAUCUGUUUCCGGAAUCCAACAAAAGAAGAACUCUAGAUGAAACAACAAACUCAGUAAUCACACCACCAGAUACACCAACCAUAAUCACAGUUCCUUCAACGAACCCUGUCACAAUUUCACCAACAACAACCAAUCCAUCCACAAUGCCAGUAACAAUUCCUUCUUCAACACCGGUUCCUUUAACAACAAAUAAUCCACCGCCAGCACCGGUAACCAAUCCUGGAACAUCUUUUGCACAGCCGCCUCCCACUGCACCUGCCCUGCCGCCUCCGGCCACACAGGGUGGUGGACAGAGCUGGUGUGUGGCGAAGAAUGGGGCGGCGGAAACAGCGCUUCAAGCAGCAUUGGACUAUGCUUGUGGAAUGGGGGGUGCUGAUUGUUCUCAGAUACAGCAAGGUGGAAGUUGUUAUAGUCCAGUUACUCUGCAGAAUCAUGCUUCUUUUGCUUUCAAUAGUUACUAUCAGAAGCAUCCUGGAUCAACAAGCUGUGACUUUGGAGGAACUGCUACCUUAGUUAACACCAAUCCAAGCUCCGGGUCUUGCAUUUUCCCAUCAUCGUCGUCAUCAUUAAAUUCACAAUCACCAACAACACCUAUGCAAUCACCCCCAACAACAACAACAACUACACCACCAAUGACAACAACUCCACCAAGCACCACAACUUAUCCACCAUCAACUCCAAAAUCACCACCUACACCUUCAACUCUUACAGCGCCACCAACAACACCUUCUUCGUCGUCCUCGUCGUCAUCUACUACAGGAUCUGGCACAUCCGGCUAUGGUACCCCACCUUCAGUGUUGAACUCAAGCAGCCCAACAACAUCAACAUCAGGUAUAAUGCCAGGUUUUGGGUCCCAAACUACUCCUCCUGAAGCAAGCACCACCACCACGUCAUCAUCGUCCUCCUCACUAUUACCCAUUGUUGGAUACAUGGUUCAGCUUUUGAUAUCAUUUGUCACUGCAACACUCAUUUUGCUCCCUUAAUUUUAAGAGAAAGAAUGAAACAAACAAGUUUACCAUGCGGAUCAUAUAGUACUAUUGAGUUUGUACUUUGUACAGGUAUCUUAUAUUAUAUAGGUGCAGAAUGAGAGUUUGUAGAGUACCAUAGUUAGAAGAGGAUUGCAUUUCUUCUAUGGUGGUAUUGUACAUAUAUUUUGAGAGCUUUGGUAGUUUAACUUAUGGACUCUUAUGAUGGAGCAUGAACUUUAGUGUAUGUAAAUCGAUCGAUUAGACUUGAUUUGGAAAUUGAUUUGCUGGGGUUGUUGUUCGCUAAAA